ACGCUAUGCCACCUCCGUAAGUACACCACUAUCUACUGUAGAUACCUCUGAUCCGUCUCACCUCACGCUCAUUGCCUUUAGUCUUCGAGGCUGUAUACAAUAUUAAUAAUACUUACGCGGGAAUUGCGCCACAGUUGCCACAGUGCGAUUCUCAUUCAGAGACACAAAAUUUGUAUAUUGGGACAUUUCACUGUUCAUCGAAACACUCCAGAGUGCCGAAAAUAAUGGUCUGGACCAAGAAGCAGGUUGCUCCGCCCCUCGAUGAUACAUCCAGCGCGCCAUCUACCUUCAAUGACGGCCUACCACUACCAAAGCUUUUUGUAUUCGACCUCGAUUACACACUAUGGCCCUUCUGGGUCGAUACGCAUGUGAGCGCCCCUGUCAAGCCCAAGGACAACAAUUCUCGUGCUGUUGAUAAAUGGGGUGAAUCGUUUGCCUUCUAUCCUGCUGUAUCCUCCAUCGUACAUGCGUGCAAGAUCCGCAAUAUUCCCCUUGGUCUUGCAUCGCGCACACACGCCCCCGACCUUGCACGCGACAUGCUCAAGGCCCUCCAUAUUAUCCCGACCUUCACUGAUAACCCUAAUGCAAACACGCGUUCCGUUCGUGCAUUGGAUUACUUCGAUUACAUCCAGAUUUUCCCCGGGACCAAGACAACCCAUUUUUCCCGAAUACAGCAAGCGAGCGGAAUCCCGUAUGAAGACAUGCUGUUUUUCGACGACGAGGCGCGGAAUCGCAAUGUGCAGACAGAACUAGGUGUCGCAUUCUGUCUCGUGCGGGAUGGAAUGACCAGAGAAGAAGUUGAUCGGGGAGUCUGGGAGUGGCGAAGAAGAAGGGGGAUAAAGCCUGGGGAGGUGAAAGAGAAGCAGGAAGCGGAGGAUUAAUUUUUCCUCCGUGAUCUUUUUUUUGUGGUCUCGAGGACAUACAUAUAUACACACACACAUACUUAUGCUUUACAUCUGGGCUUUUUGGAGCGUUAUGAGACUUGGUUAUGUUAUGUUAUGAAUAUGCAUUUUGCUUAGACUAUUCGCGAUAGAUCGAUACCCUCCAUUUAUAAUGAGAUGAUGAGAUGAGGUUUUGGUUCCGGUCAUGGAUUUGAGAGCUUACAGGUGCCUGGAAGUUGUCGUCCCUGAUUAAUAAAUAUACGA